CUCGACACGUUUCCGUGUAUGAAUCGCCCACGCUGCUCGCUACCCACCCCAACCAUAACGUCCUCCUCCCCUUGCCCUCGCUUCUUCGCGUCGGUUGGAUCUCUUCUUUCUUCCGCAUUCUAUUGAUUUCUCAACCUCGACCGGGAUACCAAGCGGGAUGAGGGCCUUCUUCUCCUCCUCUUCUUCCCUUUUCUCCCGAGCGUUCUUCCAUAGUCGACGUACCUUAGCGCAUGAAUUUUCCAAUCAUGAUCGUCAUCGUCCCCUGAUCAAUGCUCGCUGCUUCUCCGGAGAGCCUUCGCAGACUUCGGCGUGUCUGCGUCCAGGUCCACUGGCUCACUAUAGGAGCAUGGUUAGAGAAGGAAAACUUAAAUAUGAUACUUAUCAGGAAAGGGUUGCCUUUGAACUUGAAGAAUUACUUGGAAAGCUACAGUGUUAUCAGAAGGAAAUGGAGGAUUACCAUGUUAAAUUGGCAACUUGGGAGAAGAAUAGAGAGAAUGAAAGGCGGAAACUUCUAUUGGAAGAAGCUGAGCUUAAACAGAAGGAUGGUGUAUGGAUAGAUACAAAGAAUCAUAAAAGUAGUUUUAUCGACAAGUGGAUUUCAAGGAGGAGAAGACGACAGAACGUAGAACCAGGUGUUGGGAAGAUGGUCUCAUAUUUUAAUCGUGAAAAAAAGCUAGACUCAGUAGUUGGUGUCCAACCAGUUCCACCCACAGCUCCAAAAGGCUUAUACUUGUAUGGAAAUGUUGGAAGUGGAAAGACCAUGCUAAUGGAUAUGUUUUACUCUGCCACCAAAGGUAUUGUUAAGCAUAGGAGGCGAUUUCACUUUCAUGAGGCAAUGCUUAAAAUACAUGAGCAUAUGCAUGAGAUAUGGAAGAACCAGGCUGAGGAACAAUCUCAACAAUCCAGUGUUUUUAGUUGGAUAGAUAGUCUUCCAUUUAAUGCAAAAGUCAAAGAAUGGUUGGUUGGAGAAGAGAGAUAUAAGCAAGAACUGCAUUCAAAGCAUAUUCUUGCUUCUGUAGCAGACAAUUUUCUUAUUGACAGGAAAGCAGAUAAGACUGGAGCAAGCAUUCUUUGCUUUGAUGAGAUACAGACUGUUGAUGUCUUUGCUAUUGUGGCCUUAUCUGGAAUUGUAAGCAAAUUACUGACCACUGGAACUGUUCUUGUGACUACGAGUAACAAGGCACCUGAGAAUCUGAAUCAGGAUGGUAUGCAGAAAGAUAUAUUUCUAUCCUUUUUAUCCAAGUUGGAGGAGAAUUGCCAGAAAAUCCUCAUUGGAAGUGAUAUUGACUAUCGUCGCUUAAUACCAAAUAAAAGAAUGGACCAAGUUUCCUUUUUUUGGCCUUCCAGCACCGGUGCUUGUAGAGAGUAUGAAAGAAUGUGGUGUGAGGUCACCAGGAAAGCUGGAGGGGCAAUUACUUCCACUGUUAUUCCUGUGAUGUUUGGGAGAUGUCUGGAAGUUCCUGAAAGCUGUAAUGGAAUAGCGAGAUUCAACUUCGAGUAUAUAUGUGGCCGCCCGGUUGGGGCAUCAGACUAUAUUGCAGUAGCUAGACAUUACCAUACAGUUUUCGUAUCGGAUAUUCCGGUCAUGAGUAUGAGGAUACGUGACAAGGCACGGAGAUUUAUCACUUUGAUUGAUGAGUUAUACAAUCAUCACUGCUGUAUUUUCUGUUUAGCAGCUUGUUCAAUUGAUGAUCUCUUUCAAGGGACAGAUGAAGGAACUCUUUUUGACCUUGAGAGUUUUCAGUUUGAAACUGAAACAGAAGGUGGAAAACUGCGUCGAGAUGUUUUAGCAGCAGGUAGUGUUGGCUUGGGACCUGCCCCUUCCGGAAUCACAUCUUUAUUGUCUGGUCAAGAGGAGAUGUUUGCUUUCCGUAGAGCAGUGUCACGCUUGAUCGAAAUGCAGACACCAUCAUAUAGGGAUGGAGUUCAACUUUUUCAUCCCUUGUUUCAGCAACACAAUAGACAACUAACAGAUCAUGCGCCUGUCUCCCAGCUUCAACCAUCCCUGUGAUGAGAAGACUAUUUAAUUCCUACGGAUUCUUGUCAGGUUGAUGGGGAACAAAUAUGUUACUGUAGAUGUCAUCAAGUUGCAAACUAUAUUUUAUUGAUUUCUAACAGUCAUUCUUAUGAGUUUGCUUGAAUAAACAAAUCAGUUAAGUACAAAUAAAUAGAACUGCAGCAACACUGGAUGUUUUAAUAAAAGCCACAGUACCUCUGUUGUGAACGUCAAAA